UAUCUUUAAAUCACAAAAUUCGUACAAAGUUUCUAACUAUUUAUCGAAUUUCGAAAUCGUUUUGAGAAAUUCGAUAAUGCACAAAAUUUUUAGAUUUACAAGUUUACAAAUUGAACUAAAUGUUUUAAAGUAGUGAAAGAAUAAAACAAUCAAAGUGCUGAAGCAAUGUGUUGAAUUUUAACGAGUGCUGCAUAAAUGAAAAAUGGCGCAGGGCUCACAAGGUGGCAGCCACAGACGCAGUCGCGACCACGAUGGAAGCUCAAUACGUUACACCAACACAGACUGGGAGGCGAAGGAAGCGCUCUACCAACGGGAGCUAGACGAGGCAAGAGCCAGGGCCACGCAGAUGGAAAAAACCAUGCGCUGGUGGUCAGACUGUACAUCCAACUGGAGGGAAAAAUGGAGCAAGGUACGUAACGAACGUAACAAAGCUAGGGAGGAAGCGAAACAAUUUAAAAACAAACUUGACGUCCUAACGAAAGAAGUAGCGGUAUUAAAAACAGAAAAAGGUGACCUGGAGCAGCAGUUGGUCGAGCUGAAGAGAGACAACGAAAAGCUACUAAGCAUAGGUGAAAGUAGAAUAGUUUCAGGUGAUUUAGCAGCUGAGGAUGGUGUUGAACUAAGAAGAAAAGGGAUAGGUUAUGUGUCACCAAAUGAGCCAUCUAUAAGGCAGAGAGCUUCGUUGGAUUCCCACAAAUUUGCAAACGUAGACAAUGUCCUCGCAAAUAAAUUAGGCGAAAUGAGAUUGAGGUUAGAUGAAGCUUGCAAAAGUUUACAAAGUGAGAAGGACCAGAAAGCAUUCCUACUAACAAAAAUUGAAUCUCUCACGGCUGAAUUACAUAACACUAAAAUAGAGCUGACACACAAUGAUAGAACUUUAGGCUCAGAUUCUAGUCACAGUGAAGUAGAGAGGCUGCAAAAUGAAUUGCAAGACGAAGUAGCUGCGAAGCAAGUAUUAGAAGAAAAAAUUGCCGAGUACAAAAUGGAAGUAGAAAGGCUCAAAUCAGAAAAUAACGUACAAUGGAGCAAACGGGAGCUUUUAGAAACUGAAAAUAUAGCGAUAUUAAGAGAAAAUAAGAAGUUAUAUAGCCAAGUCUGUGAACUAAGAGAGCAAAUACACAAACUUAACAGAAUAUCAGACGGUAGUGCUUACGGAGUGCCGUUUAACGAACUCAAUAGGUUGGAUUCUAAUGUGUUAUACGUUAGGAAAACGAGUGUUAGUCCCCGAUCUCAUGAGUCCAGUAACGGGUCGUCAGAAGCCAAUUUAAAUUUAGCGCAUUACGAAACUAAAACAAAUACAUCGGGAGAAGAUGAUGAACUGGCGAUAGUGGAAAGAAAUGAAAAUUGAGAUGUUACCUUGCGUAGAAAUCUUGAGAAAACUUCGGAAAUAUUCUCUUCUUUAGUUAGUGACGGCUACGUCAAGUGUUAAAUAAAAAGUUAAAAGAAAAAGGUUAGCAUGUAGCAAGAAGUUAGUCUGUCGUCCGGUUGAAUAAUAUUAGCAUACAUACAACACAGUACAAAGCGGAUGUUGCGACGUGUUCACAAUAUGUUUCGCAGUCAUUAAUUAUAUUAAUUCCGUAAAUAACAUUCCUCCUAAUAUACUUGGUCAUUUCCAAGAUAUAUUUAGACUCAUUAUACAGAUUGUAUUGUUAUAAAAAAAAAAAAAAAAAUUGCCACCUGUGUAUAUGGGUCACACCGAAUAGGGAUUACAGCAAUAUCAAUUACUUAGUAUCAAUAGUUCAUACUGGAUUCCGAAUUAUAUAAAGGAUCAAAGAAGUCGUUACGUUGAGUGAGGCAUUAGAGGAGGGGCAAUUUUCACAAAAUAGUUGUAUUUUUUUUGUUUAAAUAAUAUUAACUACAUUAAGCUUUGGCUAGGUGGUUUCUAAUACCUCACGAAUGGCAAAACAAUAAAUGUAUAAUCACAUCAACCCAUUACAGAUCACGGAUCCUCUCCCACCCCCCACGCGUUAAGUCCGUAGUCCACCACGCUGGCCCAGUACACUCUCUUAUAGGUGGACUCACUUCUACACUAAAGUGUAUGGCUUAGUAUAAAAAGAGGUUUGAAUAUUUUUAUAUGGAACCUAAUAAAAUGUAUUAAUCAAGCCGAUAUCAUUUUAUUAACUUCUAUCCUCUGGAACACGGAGAUUCCCUGUUUCUUCUCCGGGGUACAAAGAAUCAUAUGUUGUCUCUAGGAUAGAAAAAAAUCGAAUUACUAAUCGGAUUUAGCACUUAUUGCGGAAGUUUAUAGGCAACAUAAUAGGUAAUAGGCAACUAACAUAACGCUACAACCCUUAUGAGCCUAGGUAUGAAAAAAAUAACGUGAGAUGUGCAGAUAAAAACAUGGGAAAAUUUCCCCAUCAGUAAUUUUUUCUUUUAUGUUUUUUCUGCUUAUAAUUUUCACACACAAAUUCAUCCAAACUGAAAUUUUAUACGAGGGCCUAUCUAUAUCGUAGGUCUUUCAAUCAAAUACAACACUAAUAUUAUAAAUGCGAAAGUUUAUGUUUGUUUGUCUUAACGUUACGUCCUAACUGAGCAACCAAUAGACUUGAUUUUGACAUAGAGUUAGUUAAAAAGGCAGAGAGUAAUAUAGGCUUCCAGGCAAACAACGUUUCCCAGGAGAUAAUAAAAAAACU